AUGUUUACACUAAAGAAAUAUUUAUACGAUAUUGCUUAUGGAGAAAGGAAAGUAAAGAAUAGACUUACAUUCUUUGUUAUCCUUAUUUCUGGAUAUGGAGGAUUCUAAUUAGGAAUCAAACAAUCUGAAAAAUUAGAUACAUCUUUUCUUUAUUAAUUUAAUGGAUAAGAUGAAGAAAUCUACAAUCUUUUAAAAACAAAACCUGUAUUUCAAUUAAUCUAUCCUCCUGGAGAGCCUUAUUUUGAUAUUUAUAGAACUGCAUUUAUUAAAGCAUCAACUAAAUUCAAGUACAAUAUUAUUAUUUUAUUAGUUAAGUGCACUUUGUUUUAGUUAACACAAAUCAGCAUUUUUAAUAUUGUAGAAAUAUUGAUUUAUAAAGAUUGCCAUAAGGCUUAUUAUGGUUACCACAGAAUUAUAAUAUUGAUAAAUUAUAGAAAUUUAAAUAGGAAGGAGUUUUUCCUGUUGUUGAAUUUCUUAAGGAUUAUUCUGUCGAAGGAAUAGAAUGUUUUCUAUAAGAAAAUGGUAUAAUACCUCAGAAAAAAUCAACUGAUUAAUUAACUUAGUAAAUUAAAAUGUUAAUGUGA